GCCGGCUGGGCAGUGCAUCUUGAGACGUGGUGGGGAGAGGUUGUGCAGCUCUCCGGCUGGUGUUCGGCGUGGUCGUGUUGUGGUCGCUCCUCCACGGCUGCCUCACACUAACACUAUCAACGACCCAACACACGCCACACAUUUUACCAGCUCAUAACGUGUCUGAGAUGAGAGUCGUCUUCAGAGUGAAUAUACGAGAGGUGGAUGUAAUAUCUGAGUUGGAGAUGUGAUCAAAGAGGAAGUAUUAGUGUGAGCCAGAGUGCCUUAACCCACCAGGACCUUAACACGAGGCGCGCGAGGCGGCAGCCUUGAGGUCACCAGGAUGAGACUCCGCCCACUGCCCUAGUGACGCCCCGCCCACUGCCCUGGUGACGCCCCGCCCACCAAGCUGCCACCCCGCCGACCCAGGCGAGGGCGGCGCCCACGGUAUGGUGAAGCAGUGCCAGCGCCCACGCCCACGCCUCUAAUGCCCCCAGGCCCCCGGGACGCCUCUAUGCUCAAACACAUGCUGACUGUGGCUGGAAGACAGGCACACGGGGCCGGGCCGGGCAGGGGCAACACCCAUGCUACUGACACACUGGAGGGGCGGCGCUCCCUCGGGGGCGGGGCCACGCAGCCACCUGGUGGGGCCACUCUCCAGCAGCACCACUACCAGCAGCAGCAGCAGCACCAGCUGCACCACCACGCCGUCUCCCCGGGCACCCUCAGUGUCAAGGUGAACGGGGCGGCGGGCGGGCGCCAUCACCCGGCGCUCAACAUGAGCUCACUCUCCUCCUCGAAGCACUCGGUGGGCGGGAACUCUGGGUCUGGGAGUCCCGGGACCACCACGGUGACGCGGACCACUGGUCUCGACCAGUCCCGGGACCACUCCCACCUCACCGACCUCUCCCACAUCUCCCACCUCUCUCCCAUCCCCCACGCGGACCUCUCCAAGGGCACCAUCGGCAGCAAGCGGUCGGCGGGGCUCAUCCCUCGCUUCAUCACCCUCACCAGGUCCACGGGGUCCCGGGGGGCGCUGACCUCCCUGGGGCUCCUGAGCCUCACCUCCCUCCUGCUGGCGCUCCUGGCGCUCACCUUCCUGGUGGAGCUCACGCCGCUCGCCCUCGACGCCGACAGCGUGCAGGAGGUCACGCUCGCCCUCGCCGCCCUCACACUCUCCCUCGACCUCAGCUGCCUUCUCAUAUGCGCCGCUCAGUUCAUCUUCGCCAUCAAGCUCGCUAAGUCUCCCAACGGCGAGGAAAGAAUGAGCAAGUACUUGCGCCAGUCCUCGGUGUCCAGAGUAUGUGCUGUGGGAGGCUUCUUCAUUUCAGUACCUGUAUUUCUCACAGGUGUUAUUUUGUACACAUUCAUCCAUUUCCAAUCAACACCUGCCAUCCUGACCUCUGUGUUCAUCGGGGUGGGCAUCAUCUUCUGUGGCUGUGCUAUGAUUCAUAAUGUUUUUAUUUGGCAAAAGGAAAAAACUAAAGCAAUGACACAGCAGAAUAUACAGCAAGCAGUCAGCCAAGAAGUUAGGCUUCGAGAGCUGAAUGCUUCUCCUCUUCCUAAUGCCACACUUGACCUCUCGGGCACCACACCACCACACGAGUUGUCUACGCUUGUAUAGCACCACUGUGAAUUUCUUUGUGGAAUUCAGUUCACAAAGUACAAAUAACUUGAAUGAUCAUUAUUGAUCAAUUAUAUCCAAUAAAAAAAUGGCAACGUUAUGGUUUGUCGGAGUUAAUGACUACAUUGUGUUUGAAUAAACAUGGAAACUAUAAUAGUUUUACAAAACUGCAUGAAUAUUAAAGCUUAACACUGAGGUGUUCCCAAUAUCCAAAGAUAAAAAUGCCCGUUUAACAGACAAAUUGGAGUGCUCAAUAGCUUGUAGCAAGUGCAACAUUACUACAGACAUACAUGUACAUUGCUGAAAAUUUGUACUUGAACAAAUAUAAUAAUCCAUUUUAGUAUGAUAUGUUGGCUCUCCAUACUGUGAAAAAGUGUUUUGGAAGCAGCCCUUUACCUAAAUGUGUUGGAAUGCAUAAACAAAUCUUAACAAGUGUUGUGAACACACCUUUGUGACAUCCUACAUUUUCCCUCUGGAUAAGAAGACAAAGUGAAGUGUUUCAAUAAGCCUAUGUGAUGCUACCACCCUAGAAUUACCAAUUAUAACUCAGAAACUGAGUUAUCAACACCAAAGUUUUGCAUUUGUAACUGCCAGUUAUUCAUAUCAUUGUAGCUUUUUUUUUCACAAGGGAAGGAAAAUGUCCAAAGUAUGUACGAGUAUCCACUGCUCUAAGCAGUUGGUAUCAUAGAUCUCACAUAUUCCUUAUAGAUUCAUGUAUGACCACCAAUUAAACAAAACAAGGACCAUCUUUAUCUCACACAUACUGCCUGGUUCUCCUGAGUUGUAUUUAGGAGACAUUAUCAGGCUGUAAAAUCCAUUCUUUACAUUUGCCCUGUAAUAAUUAUAUUCUGUAAUAUAUUUAUGUUAAUCUCACCUGACCUUUCGAACUCACUGUAUGUAUUAUAUUUAUAUAUGUGUGUAUAUAUCUGUUUAUAUAUACAGUAUACAUACUUUUAUCUAUUUUUCUGAAAGACUGAGAGUAACAUAAAAAUAUGAAUGAACAUGUCUUGUAGCAGUAUGAUAAACAGUAGUAGAUGCUGUUUAGUACUGUUCUCUCUCAAAACACACCAAAUCCAACAACAUAAUGAUGAUAAUCAUCUACAGCUAUAGACAGAAAACCUGCUUGCACACACCAGGUAUAGUCAUAUAAAAUUUUUUACUUCAGAUUGUACACACACACUGGCCAGUACACUAAAAAUUGGCCUCUGCCAAAUACUCGGUAUCUUGAAAGUUGUGUACCUUAAAUGUAGUGUAUUGUUUAAUUUACCACAAUUGACAAAAAGAUAUCAAUGCCUGUUCUGGUGCAGCAUCAGGUUUAACAUUACCUGGUUUGUCAAUUUCUCUACCUUAUGCAGCACCUCAGAACUUUCUUAGUACCUGAUAAUGAGGAAAAUGCUCACUGAAAAACAUAUAUUCUACUGUAUUUGGUAUUCUUCAGGCAUUAAAUUGAAGUACAAACUUAAAAUAUCUUAUAUCUCCCCACUGACUUCAGAGAGGAAUGAUCCUUCCCUUCUUCAAAUAUACAAUUUGUAAGAAGACUUUAGCAUUUAUUGUUAGUUUUAUAUGAAUACUGUAUAUAAUUUAUAUGCAUAUUUAUGAAAAUGUAAAUAUUUAUUCCA